GAAAACUCAGCAAACUAUUAUUUAACAGAGGAAUCAGUUGAAAGCAAUUAGCAACAACGCUACCGUAAGAUCAAAACAAUGUGAAAACUGGAAUCAAGAGCUUGUAGACUAGGUUUUCGAAUGGGGUGAAAUAUUGAGCUUUGAAUUGUUGGUGUUUAUUGGCUUGCCGCUGUGGUCACUACUUGACGUUUGGGCGGAUUGUCAUCUAACUUUUUCUUGGUGAUUUGUAUCAGUUAGGUGGAGUUUCGAGUUUUUUUAUUAUAAUUAAAUCGUAGUAAAGUAACGUUUUUAUGGUCUAAGUGUGUUUCAGUGAACGGAGUUCUCUGAGCUUGUAUGAUUGAUGAUUUUCUGAAUUUGCUUUCAAAGUAUGCUAGUUCGUCUGUGACCUCAUUCAAAAUGAUAUUCACCCAUUGGAAGUUUUGUAGCAGCCUAGAUAGGAAGAUGUUGUUCUUUGGACCUUUGUUCGCCGUAAUGUUCUCCGAUUGUCGUUGUGGAGCCACUUGGGGAGAUUAAGUAUUAUCUUUGCCCAGUGGUUAAAUAUCUUCUCUUAAAUAUAGUUAUUUCAAGCUAUUUGCGUGGUAUUGGAACGUCGUUGUAGAACAUUGGUGUCAUCUCAACACUAAUUCACACUGUACGGAGUAAAUAGAUUGUACUGAAGGAAUAGUAACUAAUUCCCAUUUUGUCGUGGUUUCGGUCUUAUGUACUUCCGUGUUCCUCCAUCCUGAUAUCGUUUACGAGAUCUGGUUAUGCCUUUCACUAGAUAAAACUUGUUCAUUGAGUAGCCUGAGUUUGUGUUGCUCCUGCACGAUUUUUUCGGAAUAAAGAGUUAGAGGGAUAGCACGAAACUAACACUGACGUGUAUACAGUAACUGAAGCAGUAGGUGUUUGUAGAUUCAUACCGUUAAAGAUCUUAAACAUUGAAGUAACUACCUAUCUUUUGAGACGGCUAUUUAGGAAAUUCUGAGAUUGUUCUCUACAUCCAAACAUCGACAGGUGUUUUAAGGUCAGUGGAUGAAGUAAAAAUUCGGUCGCAUAGCAUUUUGUAAAACUUUAUCCACAAAACUCUGAGGGGAACCUUUACUCAGUUUUACUUACUUCUUGGGUGUCUUCGAUGCAUGACAAAUAACCUCAGGAUAAUUAUAUGGAAUAAUCUUUCCAGCACCGUAUUUCGAUACGUUAGCAGCAACGAAAGUAUUUAAUCGUAGAACAAUUGAAAAACUGACACAGACUGACCCCUAAGCUGCUGAUCAACUCCAAAUCUUACACGCAAAAAGUAGGUUGGAGCUGCGAACUUGAUAUUUUACGUUUUAUGAUAUCAAAACGGAAGGAAAUAAAAGGUCCAUAAGUCAGCAAACAUUUCGUUAGAGUUAGGAGUUUGGAGACGUUCCAAUUUGUUGGGAAUAUUUUUGUGUCAAACAAAUCAUUUGUCUUUGGUUUCUUUCUUGUACGGAGUCUUAUUUGAUUCAUAUGGCUUACCAACUAAAAAAACUAAGUUUUAGCUGGUACAGAAAAGACUUGAUAACAGUCGGUAUUCAGUACCUGUAUCAGAGUAAUUUACGUUCCUCCACUUAUCAAUAAGACCCAUUGUGGUAGUUUAAAACUCAUUUUAAAUCAAAGCCAUUCGAAGAACACAUGUUUUGCUCUAAUCACACAGACGUUUUAGUGGAAGUAGUACGCGACAAUCUUGUUUCAGUGAAUAUAACCUCUCUUUAUUUUUGUGUGUGAUUGUAUCAAGAGAAGGAACAUAGACCAUUUUAGUAAAUUGUAUUCACUUCAACAGUUUUGAGAUAUGCACGAGUUAUGAGCUUAGUCUGUUGUUUCUCAGUGGAACUGAACUUUAGAGUUUGCACCAUAGGCAGAAUAUCAUUAUUCACUGGCUUGUUUGGUCUGACGAAUGCCACUUAAAAAUAAGAAGUACUGGCAUUUACUAAGCAUAGAAUAAUGAAUGUUGUUAUUAGACGCUAUAUUGUAACUCGCAUAUCUCUCCAACUUUAGGUUUUAUGUGGUCUGGUUCCAAGUUAAUUAAAAAUAAAAGCCAAAACUGAAGUACAUGAAGCAGGGUUAGAACUAAAAACUUAUUAAAGUCGGACACCUUAAGCAGUAAGCCGCCGUUCCAUAUAGAUCAUAUUAAUGAUUUUAAAGGGGCAUUUGAUAACAUAUACAGCUAAAUGGUGGUUUCCGUAUUUUGUUUUUCAGCGUUUUUUUGUUUACUUUGCUUUAUCCAGUUAUCGUUUCCGUGGGGAAUAAAACCUUAUCGCUUCAUUUUUACGGUAAUUUAUUUCCUACUCAGAUGAGUGUAGCUAUAGAAACAGAAUAAGUGACAAUUCAUGUCGCUGCAUAUAUGUGCUUGAUCCCACGUUGUAGCUGACUGACAUGUCGCUGACACAUACAUGUACUGUUUCAUAUUUUGAGAUUAUUGUACAGCCCUUGUUCAUUUACCAGUUUAAGUCAUAUCCACAUAUUUACUGAUCCCACAUUGUUUGUGACUAACUUCCAAAUGCUAUACGCCUUUUACCACAUUUCUUACCCAUUCUUAUUUUUUAAUAUUACAAGUCUUCCGACCCUUGUUUUCCCUCUUGGUAAUACUCUCAAGUCAAGUAGCAUGAAUAAUUGCUUUACUGCACCAGCUCUUUUGCUGUACUAUUUAAAAUAUCGUUGAUUCAACGCUUUUUGCACUAGUGGUCUACAGUUGGUCACGUAACUUUUUUAUUUCAGAUGCCGGCUCCAAAGCGGUUGCGAGAGUUGGUGAGAGACAUUAGAUCUGCUCGAACUGCUGCUGAAGAACGGGCAAUCGUAAACAGGGAGUGUGCUUUAAUUAGAGAUAGUUUUCGGGAAGAAAAUAACACUUACAGAUGUCGUAAUGUGGCCAAAUUAUUAUACAUUCACAUGUUGGGUUACCCAGCACAUUUCGGUCAGCUCGAAUGCUUAAAACUGGUUGCUUCUCCACGUUUCACCGAUAAAAGAGUUGGUUAUUUGGGCGCAAUGCUUCUACUUGAUGAACGAACUGAUGUACACCUUCUAGUUACAAAUUCCUUAAAAAAUGAUUUAAAUCAUCCUACUCCAUAUGUUGUUAGUUUGGCUCUAUGCACUUUGGGAAGUAUAUGCUCUGCUGAAAUGAGCAGAGAUCUAGCCGGUGAAGUUGAGCGACUAAUACGAUCAUCAAAUGCUUACAUAAAAAAGAAGGCGGCAUUAUGUGCCUUUCAAAUAAUCCGAAAGGUACCUGAUCUCAUGGAAAUGUUUAUACCAUGUACACGUUCUCUUCUUUCCGAAAAAAAUCAUGGAGUCUUAUUGGCUACCAUUUGUUUAAUUCAAGAAAUGUGUGAACGUAGUCCGGAUACUUUGAAUUACUUUCGCAAGCAAUUAGUUCCAACACUAGUACGUACUUUGAAGAAUCUCAUUAUGACGGGUUAUUCCCCUGAUCACGACGUUAAUAAAAUAAGUGACCCAUUUCUGCAGGUGAAAAUACUGAGGCUCAUGCGUGUUCUAGGUCAUGGUGAUAAAGCUGCCAGUGAAGCAAUGAAUGAUAUUCUAGCUCAAGUUGCUACAAAUACUGAGACGAGUAAAAAUGUUGGUCAUGCGAUUCUCUAUGAAAUCGUGUUAACAAUAAUGGGAAUAGAAUCAGAUCCAGGAUUGCGAGUUCUUGCCAUAAAUAUUUUGGGUCGGUUUCUACUAAAUACUGACAAAGACAUUCGCUACGUCGCUCUCAAUACUUUGUUGAGAGUUGUGCAUGCUGAUUCUAAAGCUGUACAGAGACACAGAUUGACAAUAUUGGACUGUUUGAAGGAUCCUGAUGUUUCGAUACAAAGGCGUGCUAUCGAUUUAUGCUUUGCAUUAACAAAUCAUACGAAUGUUUGUUCAAUGGCCAAGGAACUUCUACUUUAUUUACAAAGUUGUGAUAAUGAAUUCAAAGGAGAUGUUUGUUCAAAUAUCUCAAUAGCAGCCGAGAAAUAUGCUCCAAAUAAAAGGUGGCAUGUAGACACCAUGAUGAAAUUGUUAACCACCGCUGGAAACUAUGCUCGGGAUGAUGUCGUCUCAUCUCUGGUUAGCCUGAUUUCUCAAAAUCCUAGUCUACAUGCGUACGCUACCGUUCAGCUAUUCAGUGCUAUGAAUGGAGCCAUGUCUCAACAACCUUUGGUUCAGGUAGCGUGUUGGACAAUCGGGGAAUAUGGUGAUUUGUUGGUUUCGCCAGAACCUUCUGAAGAUAUUCCGAACCCAGUUACUGAAUUAGAAUUGAUUGCUGUGUUACAGCGUGCUCUAGUUAGUGUGACAUCGACAGUGCAAACAAAACAAAUGGUUGUAAACACACUUGUUAAACUAACCACCCGUUUUACUCCAACACAUUUAGAAAAACUAAAAGAGCUCAUUAAGUUUUAUUCGACUAAUGUGAAUCUGGAGCUGCAACAGCGUUCUGUUGAAUACAGCAAAAUUUGCUCGCAACCUAUAAGUAUUCGUAGUGGUUUGCUUGAUUGUAUGCCAGUACUACCAACAAAUGCUUUGUCUGGAACUUCGAAUCCAGAUAACUUGAGUCGUGGAAUUAAUGAAGGUGAUGGUGUCGAAACUGAAGAAGGUAACAUAGGAGCUGCAAAAACUCUGUCAGUUAAUGGCUCAACUAAUCAGUCUCAGUCGCUUACCAUUUUCGAUUUAUUGGGUCCAGAAAGCGAAUCGGAUUCUCACAUGACUCAAAACGCAACCACGAAUCAUUCUGAUACUGGGACUAAUUUACUAGAUCUUCUUGAUGUAUUUGCUCCAUCUGAAAUGACAGUGUCUAGCAAUACUCAAAAUGCAACAGGAUUUUCAAGUGAUUUAUUUGGCACUAAAAAUGGUUUUGGUGCCUCUAUUAUUCAGCCUGCUCCUCAGCCUUCUGUCUUGGAUUUCAACUUUGUCAAUGAUUCUGGUCCAGGUUUGACAAAUCAAGUCCCGUCAGUUCCUUCCAUCACGAUAUACAAUUCGAAUGAGAUAAGAAUUGUAUUCAACUUCGUGCCUUCCGCUGUAUUAGAUGGUCAUUUUAACAUAAUUACUAUCCAGUUAGUGGCAACUACUACGAGUCUUCAGCCAAUUGAUUCUUUUGAAUUCCAGGCUGCUGUGCCCAAAUCUUGCCAGUUACAGCUUUUUCCACCAUCAUCUAGUUCUAUUCUAUGUGGCCCUAACUCUACUCCACUAACACAAGUGUUGAAGCUUGGCGUUCCACCGAAGGUACGUCCACGUAUGAAGAUUCGUUUGCAGUUUGUCAAAAACGGUGAGACAAAAACGGACGAGUUUCAACUCGACGAGUUCCCACAAGUAUUGUGGCAGUAAUAUUUGGAGAAUUCUCUAUGAACUAAAAAAACCCAUUCAUGAACCCUCAAGUCUAACCCAAAAUAAAUGGGGAGUUAAUCUUAUUCUGGCUGUGCUUAAUCGUGUAUUUCUGCGAAAAUAAUUAAUAUGUUGUUUUUUGUUUGUAUAAAAUGUUAUGUAUACCCAAGACUGUUUAUUGAAACUGCCACAGUGCCUCCAUUGUUUCUUGUUAUCAAUUUUCCACCAGCUUCACAUCCUAAUAUCAUGUAACUCGAAUUUUUGCAUAUCGUUCCGGCAAGAGUAACAAAUAAACCCGAUAUGCAAAUUUUCACUGUCUUGCUACUACCGAUCUUGGGAUAAAUUUGAUUUCUUUUAUCUUUGAUACACUUGUUUUUUGUUUAUGUCAAAAUCUCAUGUUUUUGCAUCUUAUUUGUCUGUUUCAUCAUGUUUAAUGGUUUCUUUUGUAUCAGAAGUAUUUUAUUUUAGCUGACAGUUACAGGUGUGCUUACAAUUAAUAUUUCAACAUUCCGACUGUUUUCAUGAUCAGAUGUAACAGACUAUUUCUUUGGGUAAAAUAAAGAUUGACUGAUCGACUACUUUUCUGAAAAGUAUCAGUUUGAAUCGGAAUUCAUUGUCAGUAACUCUCAUGAAUUCUAUUGUGUUUGCUGAUAAAACUUUCCAUGUUGAAUCAGACUUUCUUUUAUGCACGAAUAAUAUUUUGAAUUCUCCGUAUUAUAGUCUUGUUUUUUCUGUGAUGCAAUUAUUCUGUUCAUUAUUUUACAAUUAAUUGGUUUAAAAAGGUAUAUUAUUGUGAAACGUAAAGUUCAAUAUAGGUGUUCAUUCAGUUUUUUUCAAUUAUAUUGUUUGCAAGCAAUUACACCUUGUAGUUAUGA